CCAUGUGAAUCCUACCCAUAUAGAUUCAUGGGAUGCUGCCAAACAUGAUAUCUCUACAAUACCAAGAGAGACAACACUGCCUUUACUUGCGCACCUAAAGUUGGGUGUUAGUUGCAUUAAUUUUCGCCACCAAAACCCCCAUCACGUCACCGCCGCUCGCCCCUCUUCAAUUCAACCUUCCCCUCACCCUCUUUAUAUCACCGCCUCCCUUCUGCCUUCUCCCCCCGAAAAAACAAACACAGGCGACGCACCCACAAUGGCCAGGUGCAGACUCGCCAGAGCAAGAACACUCAUCCUGGCGGCGUUGUUUGCGGCGGCGCUGGCCGUGGCCGCAGCACACACGCCGGUGGAGGCGGUCGCCGCGCCGGGGCCGGAGCCUUUCUCGGUGGGGGCGCCGGGGCCGGGGUCUUUCUCGGAGGGGGCGCCGGGGCCGGGGUCUUUCUCGGAGGGGGCGCCGGCGCCGUCGGCGCCGGACGACUGCCUGACGAGCUUGUAUAACUUGUCGGAUUGCUUGACGUACGUGGAGCAGGGGAGCAAUGUGACGAAGCCGGACAAGGCGUGCUGCCCGGAGCUAGCGGGGCUGGUGGAGAGCAAGCCUCAGUGCCUCUGCCAGCUCAUCGGCAACUCCAGCAGCGUCGGCCUCGAAAUCAACGUAACCAAAGCCCUCGCCCUCCCUACUGCUUGCUCUGUUUCCACACCCCCCGUUUCCCUCUGCUCAGCUAUUGGAAUCCAUGUGGGAGUUCCAUCACCCAGUGUGACACCUCCAUCAUCAAGUGAAACCGCUUUGCCACCUGGUAGUCCAUCCCCUGCAGGAUCAGCAACCACCCCUUCAUCAGAGAACAGUCCAAGUGGCGCUUCAAGCAUUGCUGAUUCUCAGCUUGCCUGCCUUGUUGGUUUAGCCUUUGCAUUUCUUCCCACAUUCUUCUAAUAUGCUAGAACUUCUCUAUUUGAAAGCAUGGACUUCGAAUUUUGAAUUUGAAUUUUCAUAGAUUCGGAUGAAAUUCAAGAUAAUUUUAUACUUGUGUUUUCUCCAGAUCUAUACAAAUCUAAAUUCAAGAUUUGAAUUUUCAAGUUUUGAUGGAGAAAAAUGUUGAUUAAUUUAUUGUUAUGACUAGAUAAUUCAUUUCCAUGACACCAUUAUUAUGUUGAGCAUUGUAUUGGUAAUUUAAUUUGUGAUUGAAGGAUAAUGGUAGCAUUGUCCAAGUCCAUCUUAUUCUAAUUCUAAAAUUGAAAUCUUUGUUGUCAAA